AUGGCUGGAGAAGAGCCUCAAGCCAAUGGUUUCAGGUCUGAUUCUACGUAUAAAAAGCCGCUGGCAAUUGAUCCCAACUUAAUCCGUCCUGUCCCAUCUUUUGCCUCACCGACAGCAGAUUCUGAUAAUGACCAUAAAGAUGACCAAAGUCAGCCCAGUACGGGUGUGACACAGCCGCUAGUUAACAACCCUUAUGAGACUUUCGGCAACAUGCCCUUGGAUCAAUUGAUCCCGCUGAUUUUACAGAGCCGGGGACCAGGUACUAAAUUCGCAGAUCUCACAGAGGAAUCACUCAUGGAAGAAAUCAUGAAAGAUGCACCCCUCCCUCAGGCGCAGCAAGAUUCAGAUGGGGACCUUGAUAUGGACGGCUCUCAACUCACAAAUGACCCAGGCCAGCGAACACCUGAGCCUCAACAGAUUGAAGGCCCUGCUCAAGCGGAUGAAGAUGCUGUGUUGUCGCAAGAACAAUUCCGUCAGCUCAAAGCUAGCACAGUUCAGUCUUUGAAUUUGGCUGUCAAUGAGUCUUCUUUAGCGCUUGAAUUUGUAUCUCUUUUACUGUCCUCAGUACGGCCCUCUGCGGCCAAUGCCUCAAUGUCGCCAUUUCUCAAAAAGACCGUUCCACCUGCUUCAUUGAAUGCCGAAAAGAUCCCUUUCCAAAAGCCCUCCUCCGAUGAAGUGCUAGAAAGAAGUUUGAUAGCAAAAGGAUGGAAGCAGAGAAGCCUGGAAGAGUCGCGAACCCUGUUGAAAGAUUCAUACCUGGCACUGGAGAAAAGUCUCAAAAAGGAACAUAGUUAUUGGUCUAAAGUGUCGCAUAACAUAUCAAAAAAGGAUGUUGUAUUCAAGAUGAAAGACAGAGAAACUGGAGAGAAGUCGCUCGGAAUAAAAUAUGGCUACGAAGAUUCAGGUUCUACUUAUACACAGGAGCGAGGCAUUGCUGUCCUGAGGCAUAAUUCAAAGCUGGACAACUUGGAGCUUGUUCCAGCUGACAGACAACAAGCCAAUGCUCUUGGUAAAGAGAACAACGAAAAGUUUGUGAGAGUUCGCAUCUUCACAAAAAUUGAGGAAGAAGACGAUUAUAUAUUAACUGGCGAGUCACAUCUAGACAAACUGCUCAUUCCGAAUCAAGUCGCCGGUGAACAAAAUGACUUUCGACGCCAAAUAUCAAGGCUUAAGUUUUUCAUUUUUGAGAAGGACCUCAUGUACCAGUUAAAAAGAGAGUCCGAAAACCUUAUUUCCUAUGGUGUCAGUAUAGAGAAUGAGAAUAAAAUUACGAUAGAAUUUCCCACUGAGAAGUUGGAAUUGGAGACGAUGCAUGUCAAUGACGACGUUAUCAUGAAUCACCAACAAGACGCCCCUAAAACAAAUGACAGGAAAGCUACUUUGGUCCUCAUAAUGCUUCGCAUGUUGUUAGUUGUCAUAUACAAGAAACAGCUAAGAAAAAAGCUGCUCUGUCCACAAACUAGCAUAGGAGCCUCGGCCAAGAGCCCGAAAGUGCACAAAGUGGUUGGGAGGUUACAAGACAAUGAGGUGUUAUUGUUGAGACCAAUAAUUGGUAAGUUCAAACAUGAAAGUUACGUGAGCUUGCUAAAAAAAAUCAUUAAAGGUUUUGUUUUAGACGUCGUGGAAGGUUCGAGUGUCAGAAAAGUGGAAAAUCCUAGUAAUACGGUUACAAUAAAAGAUGAAGUGGUUUACGAUAACCACAUUGCUAAACUUGACAAGGAAAUUCACCUAUUUGACAAGAUUUUGGAAAUGCCGAGAUCCGAUCUGCUCGUUGAAACGCCUAAAGCCGGCACCAUCCUAUUUCUGCUACAAAGCUCGAAUUAUUGCAAUGCAACAACGGGGGUGAAAUACACAAACGGUGCAGGGGAGACCUUGUUUGAUACAAGCUUUUCCAAUUUUAAAGAACUCGAAGAUUUCUUGCAUUUCAUAGUCAGCGAGUACGUGUCAGGUGGCCAGGAAAACGGCGUUAAAUAUGAAUAA